AGCAACGCGAGGUAAAGAUGGCACGUGUCAAACUGGGCGCUGCGGAAUUUCCAGGUCCUUCCAGUUAGAGUGCGUGUGAGUCUAAACCUGAUGAAACAUGACAUGUAGCCGAUACCGACAGCAAAGAUGUCUGCGGUAGGCUUGCAUUAACUGCGGUUUGUAAAAGUUGCUAGGCGGCUUAUUUUCAGUGCUAGUCGAUUUUAAUUGCUUACCCCAAAGUCAAGGCUUUUUACAUUAAGCCUCCAUCCUUCCCCUUUCUGCAGUUACUUGGACGUUUUUCCUCAUGAUUUUACGGCUGUUAAGCACCCGCAUUCACUGCGGACUUGUUACUGUCGUGACAGUAGAUGAUAGAUGCUGGAAUCUAUUCUCCACCCAUCCGGCGGUUUGAUACUAAUCUUGGCUUCAUUCGUCACAAAGCGUUUCGAAGCAUAUUGUACACGUUAACCUUACAGAAUGGAUUUGACGCUCACACCAUACACGUGACAGAUUCAUCCGUCGAUCAGUCUUUUGGAACUUUCGAUGCAGCCGUGAUAGUAUUGAAGCAAUGAAUUUCGUAGAAAAGAGAUUAUUGUCAUGCUGUCUGCAAGUUCGGUUACUUCUGCUGCUGCUACAGGUCUGUUACCUUUUCAUUGUUCUAACUGAUAUUUUCCGCAGAUACUUGUCAGUCCGUUUCCAGACCAUGAUGCGGAUGCAUUCCAUCCACCGAAUGGCCCUUACCUUGGUCAAACAGACGCUCUUCUAUCCUAUCUUUUCCGGGGUUCCAAACGAUGGGAUUCAAUUUAUUUCUCCUUCAUUGCCCAAUGGGGCUAUGUGUAUGAACAGAGUUUGGCUUUUUUCCCAUUGCUUCCCAUUUUACUAGGAUCAGUGGCCAGGCUUAUUUACCCUAUUGUUGGGAUACUGUUAAGUCUAGAUACGGUCAUACUACUUGUGGGUGUGGUCAUUAAUUUGUCAUGCACUUUAUUCGCCACCUUGCAACUCUACCGACUGUGCCUAGAAUUGAUAGGCUCAGAAAAGAUCAGCUACGUAUCAGCUGUACUUUUUUGUGUAAACCCUGCCUCCAUAUUCUUCUCCAGCAUCUAUUCCGAAUCGUUGUACUUUACUCUCACUCUUUUGGCAUUGCGGUAUUAUGAACGAAGCAGAUUGUUCCCAUCCGCGCUGCUGUUUGCUCUGACCACUGCGUGUCGUAGUAAUGGUUUGGUCAAUUGUGGAUAUUUGGGUUACGGUCUCUGGUGUUCUCUGGUCUCUUCGUCCCGAUUGUGGAGUGAACGUAUGGGACUGAAAGAGGUGCAUGGCUGUGCUCACCUCCUACGCGAAUCCUUACGUUGGUGGUCCUCAGCUCUUUCGUUACUGAUACCAUACCUAUUUCUGGGACUGUUAUGCGUGUUACCCUUCAUCGUCUACCAAGCCUAUGGCUACCAUUUAUUCUGCUCUCCACUUGGAUCCACCUUACCAGCACUUUUGCCAGAACCAGCAGUGUUUGUCAUUGAACAUGGGAUUCAAAUGGGCUAUCGGUUACCGUAUCACCUGGUAUCGCAGUAUCCACAACUAAAAAGGAACCACACUACACCGGUCUGGUGUUCUUCUGAUUUACCUUUUUCCUACUCACACAUACAGCGUGAAUUUUGGAGUGUGGGUUUUCUGGGUUACUUCCACUGGAAACAACUGCCCAAUUUCCUUUUGGCUAUUCCUGUGAUUCUGUUGAGUUUAAGUUGUGCCUCCUCUUUCUACUCGCGGGCACCAAAGGCCUACCGCACAUUGGGGGUACAUGCGGAGUCUGCACGUGAUCGCCAACUGGUGCCUUACGUGUUACACCUGUUGUUCUUAACAGUGUAUGGAGUAUCUCACAUCAAUGUACAGGUCCUGACGCGCCUCAUCUUCUCCUCCUGUCCAAUGAUCUAUUGGUAUUGCGCAUACUUGGUCUACGACAGCCCACAAUGGCAGCUGGAACCGGGCGCCAAGUCUGGAACAAAAUCUAAGAAAUCUGCUGUGAAAACCCCGAAGUCAACAUGGUAUUGCAAAACGAGCGAAAUUUGGCGUAUGCUCAAUCCGCUGAAUUGUCGCACAAUCAGUCAGUGUGUGAUACUUGCCUACUUUCUUGGCUACACCCUGUUGGGAACUGUAUUGCAUUCAAAAUUCUUACCAUGGACUUGAUUUGUAUAGGCCAUCUUCCACCCGUCUGUGAUUUCGAUCCCAUGCAUUUUCAACAACGCUUUCUAGCAGCUCAGUUUAGUAACCUGUUUUUUUCUGUUCCACAUAAUGAUAUCCAUCUGGCACUGGCCUACCGCGUUUCUCUUACAUCCAGGUGUCAACACGUUCUUUUAACCCCCAUGUUUCCAACGGUUUGUGAUACAGCUAAUUAUCGAUACAUACAUGCCUACGGUUGUAUUUUGUCGCCGUAGGCUUGUGUUUGUUUGUUAUGUCUUAUCUUCGCAUAACGUCCGCUGCUUUUCAAUACAGUGAAAUCACG